AAUGGAUAAGCAAGUUAAUUCUUUGGAGCUGGUGUUUUAAAGAGGUUUUGAAAAUGUUCCAGAAAUACUCCACUAGUUUACCAGUCAGAUGCAUUAAUUUGAUUCAUUUAGUUUUGAAUGUAAGUGAAGGGUAAAAUCUGUGAGUUGUUAGUAACUGGUAUAAAACAAAGCAGUUUUCCUUUAUCAGCCUAGUCCGAUGACCUGCAUGAUCAGUGACUUCCCACCCAAAACUCCAGGUACAGAGUCUGGCUGGCCUGUUACCCUGUCCUCCCAGGAAGGUAACAUUUACUGCUUUUGCUUUCAGUUUUUCAGGUAUUUUUCAUCUCUGUCCUUGUCAGAAAGGUCCUGCUCAGCUUUUCACCUGUAUUUGCAGGUCCCCUUUUGAACAGGUAAAUAAUCCAGAGCUCUCAGUGAGUUUCAGGGCUUUGUCUAGUACGUGAUAUUUCUUUCUAAGACUUUUCCACGAUGGUGGUAAUGUGCAACCACCUGCUGAAAAUGCAAAGGAAAGAGCUUUAGAGCUUUCCCCUGUCACACAUCUGGUGGUACAGAACUAUACACAGGCUACAAAACUUUCCUAACUCUUCAGGAUACGUGGGUGCAUGCAGAAUUAGAUAGAUAUUGUGCAUCAGAAAAUAUCCGGGAACAGCUUCAAAGUAGUUCUCGGAGCCUGCUUCUAAAUCAGAUGAUACAGUAGUGCUGGAGAAACCAAGGUCUACGUUCCUGAGGCGGUGAAAGCAGAAUAGGAAAUUUAAAUGACUCUUUUGCUGCCUUGAAGUCAUUGUCUAAUAUUAGCCCUCCCAGCGCCUGGCUCUUUGUCAGUCGAAGCACAGGAGGAGGUGGUUGCCAGCCAGGAGAGUAUGACCAAGGCUUUUAAAUACUGUUGCUUGGAAGGUCUUAUUAAUGGCUGCAUAUAAGAUCGAUGUGCCGUAAUUCUUUCAAGCAGUAUCUUUUUAAAAGCCCUUAGCAAUCUGUCAUCCUCAUCUCCCUCCCCCCAGUUAGAAAGCCACAUUAGUCAGGAGAAAUCGCACGGUCCUGGGAAGUUUCAAACUGCAUCCGCUGAUGCCGUCAGGAAAAUGCUACUGUGCAGGGGCACAGGUGCAAUUACAUUGACGGCUGCUUCUCAUCCUCGGCUCGGGUCAUCCUGGAGGGACAAGCGGAAAGAAACGGGGAGGUGGGCGAGAUUCUGUCAGGCGCAUGGGAGCAGUACCGAAGAGAAAAAUGGAAUACCCUCUUCCAGGAGACAAAGAUCGCACUGUCUAAUUCCCCACUCUACCAAUAUCUCCAGGAUUUGGGACACACAGAUUUUGAAGUAUGUUCAUCUGUGUCACGGAAGGCAGAGCAAUGUGCAGCAGUGGAAAGCCAAAAAGAGCGGACUGUGCAUGCUGCCCAGAAAUGGAGAGUUCAAUUUUCAGCAGACAUGUUCCAACUAUGUGCUAAGCCAGGAGGCAAAAGAGGCCUCCAUGCAGACUUUUCUGUCCUGUACACUGCAGGCUGAGGUGGGCAGCACCUCACAGCAAGGCAUCCUGUCAAAACUAGUUGAGUUCUUUAGAAGUUGGUUUCCUUUUCCACAGCGUAAGAAAGAUGAUGACAUACUUCACCGACUGGAUGUUGGAUUUCGAUUUGACACGCUCCGUACCAUCCUGCAACAGGAAGUUCUGCUGCAGGAGGAUGUGGAACUGAUUGAGUUCCUUGACCCCAGUAUCCUGUCUGCAGGGCAGUGUAAGCAACAGGAAAACGGACAGCUUCCAACGCUACGCUCCCUAGCAACUCCUAAUAUUUGGGAUGUCUCGCUGUUUCUUGCCUUUGUAAGUGCACUGCUUAUGCUUCCUUCAUGGUGGAAGGAAUCAUUGUGGCUGCUGUGGGGACUAGUUCUGCUUGUCUAUGCAGUCUUUCGAGUGUGGGGCACAUGGAGGACAGCCAAGCUGCAAAUGUCCCUCCGAAAAUACUGUAUCCAACUGGAAGAAACAGUGGCGAAUAGCCGAGCUUUUACUAAUCUCGUGAGGAAAGCUCUACGACUCAUUCAAGAGACUGAAGUAAUUUCCAGAGGAUUUACCCUGGUCAGUGCCGCUUGCCCAUUUAAUAAAGCUGGACAGCAUCCUAGUCAACAUCUUAUUGGUCUCCGGAAAGCCGUUUAUCGAUCUGUCAGAGCCAACUUUCGAGCUUCAAGACUGGCUACUCUAUACAUGCUGAAAAACUACCCUCUGAACUCCGAGAGUGACAACGUGACCAGCUACAUCUGUGUAGUCCCUUUUAAGGAGCUGGGGCUGGGACUGAGCGAAGAGCAGGUCUCUGAAGAGGAGGCACACAAUCUAACCGAUGGCUUCAGCUUGCCUGCGCUCAAGGUCCUCUUUCAGCUCUGGGUAGGGCAGAGCUCAGAAUUCUUCAGGAGGCUGGUGCUGCUCCUCUCCCCAGCCAACGCGUCCCCCAAGCCCUUGGUCUCCCCAGAACGGCUGCCUCAUCAUAUCUUGUCUGAUGUGACUCAAGGCCUACCUCAUACACAUGCUGCCUGCUUAGAGGAGCUUAAGCGAAGCUAUGAGUUCUAUCGGUACUUUGAAACUCAGCAUCAGUCGGGUUUUGAACGUCCGACCAGAACAAAGCAGAAGUCAAGAGAGCUGAACAGUCUUCAGACAGCGGUACGCAGCUUGCAGCUUCAUCUCAAGGCACUGCUCAAUGAGGUAAUAAUUCUUGAGGACGAACUUGAAAAACUUGUUAGCACUAAGGAGACACCUGAGUUGACAACAGAAGCCCGUCACGUUCUGGAACAAAAACUAAAGUUUAUUCAGCCUCAUAUCCAGGCAAGCAACAGCUGCUGGGAAGAAGCCAUUUCUCAGGUGGAAAAAAUGAGUGGAAGAAACCCAAAUAAAAAAGGCAAACUUGAAGUUUCCUGUGACAACCUACAGCGUACUACAGUACCUGUAAGACAGCCAGCCAUAUACAUAGAAAACAAAGAUCCAAUCCCUGAAGAGCAGGAGUUGGAAGCAUAUGUUGAUUAUUCAGAUACGGAGAAUGAAUACAAAAGGGAAGAUUUUUACUGCUUUUCCCAGGAAGAAAGGGAGAGACAAGAACGAGAGAGACAGGAAUCUAAGAGGGUGUUACAAGAAUUAAAAUCUGUACUGGGAUUUAAAGCUUCAGAAAUAGAAAGACAGAAAUGGAAACAGCUGCUAUUCAGCGACCAUGCUGCAGUGAAACCCUUGUCUCCUGUAGAACCGCUGAAGCUACUAAAUAAUUUGGAAUCACAUAUGAAUUCAGACACAGAAAAGCAGGACUGCAGCCAAAGUUGUGAUAAAUCUGAAGAAAAAGACUCUAAUCCAAAAGUGAACGCUGCUGAUAAAAGCAGGACAGAAUAUUUGUAUGAAGAUCCUGAGAUGGGGGAAAACAAAGACAGUACUGCUGAUGAAGGUAUUUCUACAGGGGCUGAAGAAGGAAUGUGUUAUCAGCAUGAAGGGGAAGUUGAAGAACUCAAGCCGAGCAAUAAGGAUGGAGUAGAGGUUUCACAGUCUCCCACUAAGGAUGCAUUACAUGCAAAAAUCAAGCAUAGGCUGGCCCAGCUCCACAUAUCAACAGAUUUAAACUUCACAUCUGGUCUGGCUGCACAAGUUGCUGCCAGGUCUUUAACUUUUACUACAAUGCAAGAAGAGACUUUUGGAGAGGAGGAGGAGGAGGAGGAGGAAGAGAAGACACAGGAGCAUGAAGGCCUUGUGGAGGACUGUGACAAUGAAGAUAGAGGCUCUGAAAGUGAAGGGAAAGUGUUGGUUUGUUUGUUUUCAUAUGGAAUACUGAACAGAUCCAAUUGCUGCUGUUAGAAGGAGAAGCCUGUCUACCGAGAAGGGUCUGUAAUGUUUUCCUUUACUUGGAGAUUUUUUGAAUGCUAAAUUGCCUGUGUGUAUUCUUCAAAAUGUACCAUAUGCAAAUAUUCUUCAGGAAUUGAUACUACCACUUCAGGCAGUCAAUAUUUUCUAUGUAAGAACUGUACGUUUCCUAUACUGCCAAGAAUGUAUAUAUAUCUAUGAAGACUUAAGAUUGUAUCUUUUUGAGCAAGCCUCUUUCUUCAGCCAUCUGAAACUUUCUUCCUGUUUCUCGAGAUCUCUGCUAAUUUAUUAGACACUUGUGUUAUAUUGUGUACUUUUUUGUAUCAGCUGUAUUGCUGUAUUUCUCCUUUCUCUCAUUAAAACCUGUUCUUCUCA